CCUGUCCGUUCCUUUCAUAUAAUGUUGUUUCAUCCACAGAGCAUCACAACAAGCCCUUUCAUCUCAACUUGAAUCUCUGGGACCCCAUUGAAACUGAAGCUUUCAAGCAUGAGUUCAUGCAUUUUGUGGUUUCUUUUCUUGCAAGUAAUUCACCACUCUUUCUCCAUCUCAUUAGCUAGAGGAGAAAGCGAGAUAGACAAGCUUUCGCUACUAGCUUUUAAGGCUCAAAUCUCAGACCCCCCUGAAAAACUAAGCUCGUGGAAUGAAUCCUUGCCCUUCUGCCAGUGGUCAGGAGUAACAUGUGGAAGACGGCAUCAAAGAGUCAUAGAGCUUGACCUCCACUCCAGCCAACUGGUGGGCAGCCUAUCUCCCCACAUUGGGAACUUGAGUUUUCUUAGGCUGCUAAGAUUGGAAAACAACAGUUUCACCAAUACUAUCCCCCAAGAAAUAGAUCGUUUGGUUCGGCUACAGACACUGAUUCUCGGGAACAACUCGUUCACCGGUGAAAUCCCGGCUAACAUUUCUCAUUGCUCGAACCUCCUGAGCCUUAAUUUAGAGGGAAACAAUCUUACUGGCAACCUUCCUGCAGGACUUGGAUCGUUAUCAAAGCUGCAGGUAUUUAGUUUUAGAAAAAAUAAUCUAGGUGGCAAGAUACCCCCCUCUUUCGAAAAUCUUUCAUCUAUCAUUGAAAUUGAUGGAACACUUAAUAAUUUACAAGGGGAUAUUCCCAGUGGUAUUGGGAAACUGAAAACAUUAAGCUUCUUUUCACUGGGCUCAAAUAAUCUGAGUGGUACAAUCCCUCUCUCCCUAUACAAUAUUUCCUCUCUUUUUCGUUUAUCUUUGGCUCAUAACCAAUUUCAUGGUACACUUUCUCCAAACAUGGGCCUAACUCUUCCAAAUCUCCAAUAUCUUGGCAUCCACGACAAUCGAUUAAGCGGGCUAAUUCCAGCAACGCUCAUAAAUGCCACAAAAUUUACUGGUAUUUAUCUUUCAUACAAUGAAUUCACCGGAAAAGUUCCCACUUUAGCCAGCAUGCCUAACCUAAGGGUUCUUUCAAUGCAAGCAAUUGGGCUUGGAAAUGGUGAGGAUGAUGAUUUGUCCUUUCUCUACACCCUCUCAAACAGCAGCAAGUUGGAAGCUUUGGCUAUAAAUGAGAACAAUUUUGGAGGGGUGCUGCCUGAUAUAAUUAGCAACUUCUCAACAAAGCUCAAGCAGAUGACAUUCGGAAGCAAUCAAAUCCGAGGAAGCAUUCCCGAUGGCAUUGGAAAUCUCGUAAGCUUGGAUACUUUGGGUUUAGAGGCAAAUCAAUUGACUGGCAGUAUACCAAGUUCUAUUGGUAAAUUACGAAAUUUAGCUGAUUUCUUUCUUAAUGAAAACAAAUUAUCUGGGAGCAUCCCUUCUUCUUUAGGGAACAUCACCUCGUUGAUGCAAAUUAAUUUUGAUCAAAAUAAUCUACAAGGAAGCAUCCCUCCAAGCCUUGGAAACUGCCAGAACUUGUUGGUCUUGGCUCUCUCCCAAAACAAUCUCAGUGGUCCCAUACCAAAAGAGGUCCUUAGCAUUUCAUCCUUGUCAAUGUAUUUGGUGCUGUCGGAAAAUCAGUUGACUGGUUCCCUUCCCUUUGAAGUGGGCAAGCUAGUGACUCUUGGAUACAUGGACAUCUCCAAAAACAGGCUAUCAGGGGAAAUUCCCGCAAGUCUUGGCAGUUGCGAGAGUUUGGAACAUUUGUAUUUGGAUGGAAACUUCUUACAGGGCCCCAUUUCUGAGUCUUUGAGAUCUUUGAGGGCACUUCAAGAUCUUAAUCUCUCUCACAACAACUUGUCUGGCCAAAUUCCCAAGUUUUUGGGAGAUCUGAAGUUGCAGAGUUUGGACCUGUCAUUUAAUGACCUUGAAGGUGAGGUGCCCAUGAACGGUGUUUUUGAGAACACAAGUGCGAUUUCAAUUUCAGGGAACAAGAAUCUUUGUGGAGGAAUUCUUCAGUUGAACCUGCCCAAAUGCAGAUCCAAGUCAACAAAGCCAAAAUCUUCUACCAAGCUGGUAUUGAUAGUCGCAAUUCCUUGUGGCUUUAUUGGAUUAAUCUUGAUCACAUCUUUUUUAUAUUUUUUCUGCUUGAAAAAAUCAUUGAGAAAAACAAAAAAUGAUUUGGCACGUGAAAUCCCAUUCCAAGGAGUAGCCUACAAAGACCUCCGUCAAGCAACUAAUGGAUUCUCUUCUGAAAAUUUUAUUGGUGCUGGCAGUUUUGGGUCUGUGUAUAAAGGAGUACUAGCCUCUGAUGGAGUGAUUGUUGCUGUGAAAGUAUUCAACUUGCUGCGCGAAGGAGCUUCCAAAAGCUUCAUGAGAGAAUGUGCAGCCUUGACAAACAUUAGGCACCGAAAUCUUGUCAAAGUAUUAUGUGCAUGUGCUGGCGUUGACGUUCAAGGUAAAGAUUUCAAAGCUCUUGUUUAUGAGUUCAUGAUCAAUGGAAGUCUAGAAGAAUGGUUGCAUCCAAACCAAACAUUGUAUCAGGAAGUGCAUGAGCCAAGAAAUCUUAAUCUCAUUCAGAGGUUAAACAUUGCAAUUGAUGUGGCUAAUGCGCUCGACUAUUUGCACAACCAUUGCAAAACGCCUAUUGCUCAUUGUGAUCUUAAGCCUAGUAAUGUUCUUCUCGAUGGAGAUAUGACUGCUCAUGUUGGGGACUUUGGAUUGUUAAAGUUCCUUUCUGAAGCAUCCUGUCAGACAAGCUCUGUUGGAUUAAAAGGCACCGUUGGCUACGCAGCUCCAGAGUAUGGCAUCGGAAGCGAGGUGUCAACUUUGGGGGAUGUGUACAGCUAUGGCAUCCUACUGCUGGAGAUGAUUACUGGAAAGAGACCUACAGAUAGCAUGUUUAAAGAUGGAAUAGAACUUCACAAUUAUGUUAAAAUGGCAUUACCUGACCGUGUAGUUGAUGUUGCGGAUCCGAAACUUGUGAUAGAAGUUGAUCAGGGAAAAGACGCUCAUCAAAUCCUGGAGUGUUUGAUAUCAAUUACCAAGGUAGGAGUGUUUUGUUCAGAAAAGUUUCCAGGAGAGAGAAUGGGCAUCAGCAAUGCUGUAGCUGUAUUGAAUCGAACCAAGGCCAAUUUUCUCGAAGGCAUGAACAGCUACCCUCCUAGAAGUUCCAGCUGGCCCUGCAGGGUCCAGGCGACUUCGAAGUGAGUGUGUGACAUGAGGAUUAAUAGAGUUCAAAUAUUGUAACUUGCUUAUUUGCAUUAGCAUGAGUCCUACCUAGCUACUAGUCCGAAGCGUCCCUGAAAGGGCACGAAACCUGUUUAAGUGCCUGUCUUGUUCAAGCAUUCUGUUCUGUGUAACUAAACGUUAUGCAAAAAUCAAGCACUCUCAUUUUACAUGUCA